AUUUCUAUUUCAUCUUCAUUUUCCCACUCUCCUCCCACUUUUCCCUGUUCUUCCCCCCUUUUACCCUACUUAUUUUCCUCCUUUUCAGGUGUGAUUUUAUAUAUAUAUAUAUAUAGAUAGAUAGAUAUAUAAAAAUAUAAUAUUUUUUUUGGUCCUUUUAAUUUUUUGGCCCUAAUUUAUUUUGGUCCUUUUUUCUUUCUUUGUGGUUUUUUUUUUGUUUGUUGGUUUGGGUUUUUUUGUUGUUUUAUUUUUGUGUGUGUGGUUUUUUUUUGGUUUUGUGUUUGUUUUUUUGUUUUGUUUUUUUUUUGUUUGUUUUUUGUCUCUUUUUUUUGUCUUUUAUUUUGGUCCUUUUUUGGGUCACUUUUUGUUUGCUUUUUUUGGUGGUUUUUUUGGUCAAUUUUUUGGGCUUUUCUGGUGUUUUUCUUGCUUUCUUGGGUCCUUUGCUUUUUUUUUUUUUUUUUAAAUUGGUCUUUUUUAGGGGGCUGUUUUGGUAUUGUGGGGUCCUUUUUUAGUCCCUUUUUUGGUACUUUUUUUUCUUUUUUUGUGUUUUUGUCCCUUUUUUUCUUCUUUUGUAUGCUUUGGUCCCUUUUAUUUUACUCUUUGGUCCGUUUUCUUUCCUAUUUCUCUUGUUUUCCUUUUUUGCCCCCCUUUAUUUUGUCUUUAUCUGAUUUUGGCGGCUUCGGGGACGGAGCGCGGUUGGGCGGGGGCGGGGUCAUGUAGAUGAGAAGGGCGGGGCGAUGCAAAUAAGAUACUCCCCUCCCUGUAUGCAAAUGAGGGGCGGGGUCAUGCAAAGAGCGGGUCGGUCUGGUGACAAGAUGGCGGCGGCUCGGCGAGCGCAGCUGGUGCUGGGACACUUGGCCGGGGCCGCUCCGGGCCCGGGGGCCACCCCCAGGGCCGUGCCCUGCGCCGGGGGUCCCCCGCGGGCCGGCAGCCCCGACGACGUGGUGGUGGUGCACGGCCGCAGAACCGCCAUCGGCCGCGCCCGCCGCGGCGGCUUCAAGGACACAACACCCGAUGAGCUGUUGGCUGCCGUGAUGACAGCUGUGCUUCAGGAUGUCAGCCUCCAUCCUGAGGUCCUGGGAGACAUCUGUGUGGGGAAUGUGCUGCAGCCCGGAGCUGGCGCCUUGAUUGCGAGAGUUGCACAGUUUCUAAGUGGUAUUCCUGAGACAGUGCCGUGCUCCAGUGUGAACAGGCAGUGCUCCUCUGGGCUACAGGCCAUUAUCAACAUAGCUGGUGGCAUCCAAAAUGGAUCGUAUGACAUUGGCUUGGCCUGUGGUGUGGAAACAAUGUCCCUCAGAAGUGCAAAUAACCCUGGUGAUAUCAGUUCCAACAUGAUGGAUAACCCCAAAGCUCGAGAUUGCCUUAUUCCUAUGGGAGUAACGUCAGAAAAUGUGGCAGAGAAAUUUGGAGUUUCCCGGAAGAAGCAAGAUGCCUUUGCCUUGGCUUCCCAACAAAAAGCAGCAAAAGCUCAGCAGAUGGGACUGUUUAAAACUGAGAUUGUUCCAGUGAGGACCACUGUUACAGAUGCUGAGGGAAACAAAAAAACAAUCACUGUGCACCAAGAUGAAGGGAUCAGGCCCUCCACAACGCUGGAAGGCUUGGCAAAGCUGAAACCUGCCUUCAAAGAGGAUGGAAGCACUACAGCAGGGAAUGCCAGCCAGGUCAGCGAUGGAGCAGCUGCUGUUCUCCUGGCAAAACGCUCCAAGGCAGCACAGCUGGGACUGCCGGUGCUGGGGGUGCUGAGGUCCUUUGCUGUGGUGGGGGUCCCACCCGAUGUGAUGGGCAUAGGGCCUGCCUAUGCCAUACCUGCUGCUGUGGAAAAGGCAGGUCUGACUUUGAAUGACAUUGAUAUAUAUGAAAUUAAUGAAGCCUUUGCAAGCCAGGCUGUAUACUGUGUUGAAAAGCUGGGCAUUCCCAUGGAGAAGGUGAACCCCCUGGGAGGGGCCAUAGCACUGGGACACCCCCUGGGCUGCACUGGUGCUCGGCAGGUUGUCACUUUGCUCAAUGAACUGAAGCGCAGAGGGAAGAGAGCAUAUGGAGUCGUGUCCAUGUGCAUUGGAACUGGCAUGGGUGCUGCAGCCGUGUUUGAGUACCCGGGGAAGUGAGCUCCAGUGCUGGCACAACACAGCUCACUCUGCCUUCCCUAGGCAUAGCAAGUGAUUUCCACUGAAAUCAAGUGGUUCUGGGAUGUGUUACUAGAUCUACAAAUUUUAGGCAGAAAUUGUAAAGUAGAAUUAAUGGUGGAGCUCUGUGAAGAAGGUGAGGAAAUGCAAAACUUAGCACAUGGCUUCCUGUCAUAAGAAAUUAGCUCAGCUGACAUUCAACUACAGGCCCUGCUGUGGUGAUUAUGAAUUAAUGUUUUUAAUUUAAUUGAUUUCUUUAUUCUGUGACUUUUACCAGAAGGAAAAAUAGUUCAUGGGACAGUAUUUUUUGUAUGACAAAUUGGCAGAAAGAGUCACUCAAAGUGAAGAACAUCAGUCCACGUGAAAAGACUGCUCCAGCAUUUCCUUAAAAAGUUCCAGCAUUUUGUAAGAAGUUUAAAAGAGCUUGUUUUGAAGCAAAGACUUGACAUCCUCGCCUUUACUUACAACUGGGUCUGUCCUAGCCCAGUCAGAAGUUGUCUGUGUCUUAAAUUGUCCCUAUACCGCAGCUUGCUGCUGGUGGAGCUGCUUUGAAACCUCCCGUGGGUGAAAAUGGAAGGACUGGAACAUACUUUCCACAGGAAAUGCCUGAAGGGAAAGGUUCUCUUCAAUUGCUAGAAGCCAGGAUUUGGAUGUGGCCAUUCCUUCUUUUACAAUACAUGUGAGUUACCAGUUUGUGUGACUCCAAGAACAAGCUUGUGCUUAACCAUAUUUACUUACCCUAACAUAAAGCAAAUUGCAGCAUUACAUUUACUGCAAACACUUCAUGAAGAUCAGUGAUAGCUCAGUCCUGCAGUGCUAAUACAAACAUGUUCCAUCUUGUGUUUUUUGUAGUCCCUUAUUUCUCUUGUCUGAUCAGGAAGAUCACUGAAACUCAGCUUGAAAAAGAAAUUUACUUGUUGUGUUACUUUAAAUUUGUAACAAACUGAAGUACUUUGUCCUGACUUUUGUUUUUGCA